AUGUCCUCGAGUGUGUGUCAAGGGCUGCCAUCAUGUCCUGAGCCUCCGCUCGUUGAAUCCCUUGUUUUAAGGCACAAAUUGACUCCACCCAAAUCCAACUUUUCUCAAUCCCACAACAAUUGUUCUGGUGAUUCUGAACACAAAAGCAACAACAAUGACGACGAGCUGGGUGAUUGGAGCUGCAUUCAAGCUCUCUCCAACGCAUCCCACAAAGAGACUGUCUAUGUUCACCCCCUUGUAAAGCGCUCCUCAUCCAUUCUAAGCAUGAAAAGCUUGGAAAUGUGCACUGAGAGUUUGGGAAGCGAAACAGGUAGUGACAUUAGCGAUGAAUUCUCUUCUCUUUUAUCGGAGAAUCAGAACUUCCACACAAUGCAUCAUCGAUCAAAGCCUCGACAAUUUACCAAAAAAGUGAUUGGUAAUGAUAGUUUCCCGCCUCCCCUGAGCUCGAUCAGCGGCUCAGACACUGUUCGAGUAAGGCCUCACCGGGAAGGUGGCCGGCUAGUUAUAGAAGCUGUCUCUGUUUCUCGCAACACUUACCUUCAGGCCAAUCGUGUGAAUGGCCGGCUUAGGCUCUGUUUGCUGAAGGACUGUUCUUCGUAUUGUCAGAGUACCGAGACCAAAGAUGAAGAGAAAGUAACCAAAUGCUAUGAAGAACUUGAACGUGAUGAAAAUGGCGAUCAAGAACAAAAUGUCGAUGAUGAUGAUUAUGACCACCACGACGAUAGUGGUGGUGAUUGCUCGAGUGAGGGUAAUGGUGGGAAUGUUGGAUGUGAAAUUGGGAUUGAGGAGGUUCCAAGGCCAAGCAGGUGCAAGGAAGGUGGGAGUGGGAACAAAGAGAUGUCAAGCUGGGGGUCAUUCUAUGUAGCCAUCUCUUGA